CCUCUCCUCUUGAGAAAGCAUUUCUAAAUCAAUAUUCAAUAGUACGUAUUGUUAUUGUCCUUAUGUUUUAACUUUUCAAGUUUAUACAUUUCGAGUAAUAAGUGUGGCUACCAAGUGCGCUGUUAGAGGCUUCCAUAAUCCAUAAAGUUCUAUAAUAACAGCUCGAUUAAAAUUUUGAAUAUGCAAUCUUCCGAUCGUCAAGUUUACUCGGAUUCUGAUGAAAGUUUAGAUAAUUUUCGUAGAAAAAAAACUAAAAUAUCAGAUAUAAAAGGAAAAUCAUUUGAUAGAGAUAUUUCGAUUGAUGAAAGUAGUCAAAAUUAUGAUGACAUUGAAAUGGACAAUUAUUUUGAUCACAAAAAUCAAAAUUUGGAAAAUAAUCAGAAUGUGUCUUCUGGAGUAUCUGACGAUGAUGAUUAUAACAUUAAUGACUAUGAAGAUAGUGAAAGUGAAGAUUAUGUACCUAUUUCAGAUGGUGAAUUUGAAUUAGAAAAGUAUGUUACAAAUGAUACAAAUUCUAAAACAGAUGAAACUGAUGGUGAAUCUGUCAAAGAUGUUAGUGUUGGUGUCAAUGAUUAUAAUAAUGAUGGAGAAAGAAUGACUAAAAAUUAUAAACACAUUGGUGUAGAUGAUGGGGAGCUAUAUGAUUUACUAGACAAACCAUAUAGAGGAAAAAACAAACCUCACAAUGAACAUAAUAAGAAAGUUGUUACUCCAGAUGACUACCAAGAGCAUGAAAAAUAUGUGUUGGAGCAAUUGAGCAAAAAUCAUUUCGAUAUUUUGCCUGAAAAUUGGAUUGAAACAAUUCACAAAAGUGGCAUGCCUAUUUAUUUACACAAGAAAAGUAGAGUUGUAACAUUAUCAAGACCUUAUUUUUUGGGACCAGGAGAUCCUAAAUCACAUUUAGCACCGUUGUCAGCAAUUAGUUGUUUAAAUUAUCGAAAAGGUCUUGAGAAAAAAGAAACUAUAAAAAAUGAACCCAAUUUUCAUGUUAGUAAACUUGGAGAUUUGAUUAUACCAAAUGCCAAAGUGGAGACUGCACAAGAAAAUAUUAUUAAAGAAUCUUUAUCACAUGAGGAAUUACGGGAAUAUUGUAAAUCACUAUUUAAGUUCAAGGUUGAAGAAGUUAAAUCUCUAAAUAAAACACCAAAAGAACAAAAUAUAAAAACAGAAAUUUCUAUGCUAAAAAACAUCAAGGAAAGACCUUCGCUUCCGGAUAGUACUAAAUUUAUAUCAUUUCCAUUUCAAACUAAGGACCACAAUAAACGAUAUAAUCGUCGCCGAGAAUGGAUACUGAAUCCAAAUGGUAAAAGUUAUGUGUGCAUAUUACAUGAAUAUUUACAACAAGCAUUGAAAACCCAACCUUGGUAUGAGUAUAAAGAACUUGAGAGUACAGAAACACCUUAUUCUGCAACUGUUGUGCUUAAUGAUGUUCAAUAUGGUGUUGGUUUGGGUAAUAGUAAGAAACAAGCAAAACUUAAUGCAGCCCAAGCCACUCUAGAUAUACUCUUACCUGAAAUAAAAAAUAAAAUAGAUUCAAAUAUCAAAAACCAACGUGAUCCAGUAAUAUUUGAUCAAAUUAAAGUCACCGACCCCAGAGUUACUGAAUUCUGUGCUAAAACCACAGAACCUAGUCCGUAUGCUAUGUUAUUAGUGUGUUUGCAGAGAAACUUUGGUGAGUGUGAAAUAGGUAUUGAAUUUAAAUUGACCAAUCGUCAUAGGAUGCUAAAUCAAUGCACAAUGACUGUUGGUAAACACACAGCUUCUGUUGCUUGUAAAAAUAAAAGAGAUGGCAAACAAAAAGCUUCUCAAAUAAUACUGGGUUUAUUACAUCCACAUAUUGAUAAUUGGGGUUCGUUGUUACGGCUUUACGGUAACCGGAGCAUUAAGAAUGCUAAAGAAAAAAAACAAGAAGAACAAGAAAUCACUCAGCUCCAGAGUAAAGCUGCUGCGAAUCAACCAAACUUCGCUAUACUAAAUAAACUUAAAGAAGAAAUGUUAAAAAUUAGAGACCAAAGAAAAUUAAAAGAAACUAACGAAAUGUUAGGAUUAUCUCCGACAAUGCUUGCUACAACAUGUCCAUAUACCAUAGUAAAUCCAUCAUCAUCCACAAGUCAUAACUAACAAAUACUUUUGAGUAGUUUAUUUUCUAUAUGCUUAAGGGGGAGGGAGGCUCCAUACUACUGUAUUCUAAGAAACAUAUAUUAUAAUUUUUAUGGGCAACAUCUUAUACCCACUUUCGGCAAUCUGCCUUAUUGUUGUAUUAAGGCGAUUAUACUCUUAGUAUUUUUUGAUGUAGCGUUCAAAAUGCUCAAUAUUGAACCAGCGCAUUUUAAUACGUUUUUCCCUUGUGUGAACAUGGUCAUAUGUAGAUAGAUGUUUAAUUUUGAGCGUUCAAAAUAAUGUAUUAAAAACGUUAGGUGUGUAACCACCUAACAAUUUUUUAACAUUGUUUAACAAAAAAAAAAAAAUAACGUGCAUUUUUGAGGCCCCCUUUAGUUUAUUAAAUACUUUGUAUAUUGGUUUUCAAUAUUUGUAUAAUUUAUUAUAUUAACCUACUACCUAAACUAUAGUACACACUCCAUAAAAAUCAUUAAGUGUACUUAAUAAUUUUAAGUAUAAAAUAAAUAUAUCAGAUAAAAUAUGUAAGUAUAAUGGUAGAUACUAUUACUAUACCUACCUCUAUACAAUUUACAAAUGUUUUUUUAUAUUUACUUACUAUCAACACACAAUUUGAGAUAAUAAACUUGUUACGAUUAUUUUCAAUCAUAAUUCAUAGUAAUACACAUGUCAUAGUGAUAUAUUUAUAAUGUAUAGCAAAAAGUAAUUGAUUAAGCUCUUAGAAAAUUUGCUAGAUUUAGUAUAGAUAUAAGAUUGUGUUUUAUGCCUUAAUUAAGCACAUAUCAAUUCAUAAUAUGGAUUUUUUUUUUAUGUGAUUGUAUUCAAACUAUAUAAGAUAGAAAAUAAGAAAAUAAUGUACUUGGUUUUUUUUUUUUUUUUUAAUAUCAUCGCCUAGCGUGAAAAACCUCCUAUGUGCAAAAAAUCGCAAAAUGACAUUUUUAUAUCUCUGAAUUCUGAAAAAAUACGCUAUCUAGUGAUAAAUAUUUCAAGCUUUUUGAUGUUAUAAAAACAUUUUAUUCUUCAAAACAAUAAACCUCCUAUGUCUGCUGUAUAGAAAUUGUUAUCUGAUAUACCUCCCAAGUGCAUAUAGCGGAGGUUUGUCACACUGUUGGCUUGUACGAAUUUUGCACAUUGGAGUUGUAUCAGCUGGUGUUGAAUAGGAGUGAAAAUAAUCUUUAUUAUUAUUAAAAUUUAUAAUUAAAAAUUGUAAUUAAU